AUGGACUCUGAACCGGAAGCCCAUAAGUUUUGCAUUAUUAUUGGCGCUGGUGCAGGCGGCCUCAUCCAAGCAGCGGAGCUAUUGCGAAAGAAAGUCCUGCGACUGCAAGAUAUACAAAUUCUUGAGCGAAACAGUGACUACGGUGGUGUAUGGAAAGCUGCAACUUAUCCUGGAGCGGCCUGCGACGUAUUCAGUUGCACUUACCAGGUUAGCUGGCACCGAAAUCCAGACUGGAACUAUCUUUUCCCCACAGCCUCAGAGCUUGUCCAAUACUAUAGAAACUUUGCAAAAUAUUUUAACAUUACCGACUGUACUCUAUUUAACCAGAGCGUUACACGGGCGACUUGGUCUGAAGAACGGUCAUUAUGGGUUGUGGAUGUACUAGACGGGAGAUCUGGGACGCACAAACGUUGGACUUGUCGCGUCUUGGUUCAGGCUGCCGGAACAUAUAACCGGAUAUCCACACCACAAAUUCCUGGGAUGGAUCGUUUCAAGGGCGACAUGUGGCAUGCCUCGGAGUGGCCAAUGCAUUAUGAUUUCACAGGCAAGACCGUUGCAUACGUGGGCACUGGACCAACGUCUGUUCAGGUGCUGCCAUGUAUCCAAUCACAAGCCAAAUCGGUCAAGGUCUUCUGUCGAAGCAUGACCUACUGCCAUCCGUUCAACAACUUCAAAUACCCAGCCUCGGUUAAAUGGGUAUUUCGCUGGGUCCCUGGAGUUCUUGCUUUAUACGCAUUCCUGGUUGCAAAUCUCUUUGCAAUCUGGGCAUAUUUCGCGUUUCGACCUGAAUCAUGGAUUGCCAAGAACACAGAGCGUUACUGCCGUCGGCAUUUAAAAAGGCAGGUAUCUGAUCCUAUUCUUCUCCAACAAUUGACUCCUACUGGACGAUUUGGAUCUAAGAGGCCGCUGGUCUCACUCUCAGGAUUUUUUGAGACUCUCCAAAAGAAUAAUGUUGAGAUCGAUGAACCGGAAGUAGAUGGACACUCAUCUACAGCAUCUCAGACAAAAGAGCAACACUCGCAUAUUGAAGCAGAUAUUAUUAUCUGGGGAACUGGGUUCAAAAUGCAGGGCUGGGGCGGAGCAAUACCUACGAUCGGCCGUAAUGGUCAACUUCUUAGCGAGCACUGGAGAGACUCUCCCAAUGCAUUAUACGGGACUAUGACAUCUGCAUUUCCCAAUCUCAUCUUUGUGAAUGGGCCUAAUACCACAACCCCCUGGGGAAGCUUAAUCCAAGGACUGGAGAUGCAGUCAGCUUUCAAUCGCAAGGUCAUCCAACUUAUUCACCAAAAGUCGGUUAACAACGCUUGCUAUGCUCUAGAGCCCCGUCAAGACAUGGAAGAAGCAUGGACAACGUCUAUGCAAGCAGGGCUUAACAAACUAGCUACUAGUCUGGAAUAUGGUCCAGCCUUUUAUUACUUGAAUGAAAAAGGACAAAAUACGUUCUUUUUCCCGUGGACCCAGCAAUACUACCGAUGGAAGACAAGAACACUGAACGUUGCUCAAUACGUUGAGUCGGGGAUGGCAGAGUUCUAA